AUGACGGGUCACGCAGAGGCCGGGGCUCUCCCAGAAGAUGCAGUGCAUUCUUCGAAAGAACUGAAUGUGUCAACAAAUCCAAACACGAUCACGUCUUCAGAUCAUCGGGACUCGCCACACCGCCUAAUCGAGGACCGCGUGUCCUCUGACUCUUCUCAAGAUGGCGAUAACGAUGAUGAAGAGCAACAGCACCAACAGCAAGACCUGGAGACUCUAUCCCGUGUGUCCAGUGGUCCGCCAUAUACCGUUUUCUCGAGAAAGAUGAUCUGGUGGAUCAUUGUGAUGAACUGCUUCGCUGCCUUCAUAUCACCCAUCACUGCCAAUAUCUACUUCCCAGCACUGCCCGCUAUCGCUCAGGAUCUAGAUGUGUCAAUCUCUGAUGUCAAUUUGUCGCUGACGACUUACAUGAUCUUUCAGGGGCUUUCACCGACCCUCGUAGGAGACUUUGGAGAUGCUGCAGGCAGGCGACCGGCCUUCAUCCUGGCCUUCAUUGUAUACUUGGGCGCCAACAUUGGGCUAGCAUUGCAACGCAACUAUGCGGCUUUGCUUGUCUUGAGAUGUCUACAGAGCGCAGGAAGUAGCGGGACUAUUGCCCUUGUCUUUGGUGUCGUUGCCGAUAUUGCCACCAGCGCAGAGCGUGGAAAGUUCAUGGGCAUCGUUGGCGCUGGCCUCACAAUUGGGCCCUCUCUCGGCCCGACAAUUGGUGGGCUUCUCACCGAAUUUCUCGGGUGGCCUUCAGUCUUUUGGUUUUGCACGAUAGUAACUGUCGUCUUCAUGAUUCCGUACGUGUUAACGGUCCCAGAGACAGGUCGAAAAGUUGUUGGCAACGGAUCAGUCAAGCCGCAGUCAUGGAACAUGACGUUACUCGACUACAUGCGAUUUCGCCGUCAGCCGCAAGAUCCGACAACUGUGCGCCAAAAGCAGAAGAUCCCCAUUCCCAACCCAUUAAACACUCUGAGGGUUCUGGCUAACAAAGACAUGGCCAUGUUGCUAUUUUACAAUGCGAUGCUCUACGUUGGCUUUAUGCUGAUCACAGCGACAAUGUCAACACAAUUUGAUGAUAUCUAUCAUUACAACGAGCUCGUACUCGGUUUAUGUUAUUUGCCUAUUGGCUUUGCAACAAUGAUUGCAUCUGUCUCCCAGGGAUUUAUCCUCGACUGGAAUUAUCGACGCACAGCCAAGAAGAUUGGCUUCAAGAUUGAUAAGAAACGUGGUGAUAAUCUGAAGGACUUUCCUAUCGAAAAGGUGAGGACACAGAUCAUCAUGCCGUGCAUCUUGAUUGGAGGUGGAGUCUACAUUGGCUAUGGCUGGGCAUUGCAGGCGCAAGUUCAUGUAGCCGUUCCACUGGUCCUGUCGUUCUUCAUUGGUCUUUUCGUCACUGGGAGCUUCUCAGUGAUCAACACAUUGAUCGUCGAUCUGUAUCCCGAGGCACCAGCUACUGCUACAGCCGCCAACAAUUUGACCAGGUGUCUGUUUGGUGCAGUGGCAACAUCUGUCAUUGAGGAUAUGAUCGCAGGCAUUGGGAGAGGAUGGUCAUAUACCUUGAUUGCCCUAAUCUUUACUUGUCUUUCGCCCAUCCUCUGGGUUAUUCAGAAACAUGGGCCACCUUGGAGAGAAGAACGCAGACUUAAAAUGAUCAAGCUAAGGGAGAAAGAAGAGGCCAAGAGAACAGAGAAGUCUGAGAGGGAGGCGGACAAUUCUACCGUUCUCCAAUCACGGUAA